AUGGGAACUUUCCAUGGUCAUAUGUUGCCAGGAGGUAUAUUCCUGCUCCUUGGAUUUGUCUGGGCUGUAAAAUACUCACUGAAGUUCUUCAGCCAGAACUCAAAACCUGCUCUGCAGAGAAAAAGCUGCUUCAACCGGUUGGAGUUUGUAGAAUGGGGAGUCAUAGUAAUCGCCUCUUUCAUAGGCAUUAUAACGGAGCAGUUUAAUAGUGGCACCUAUUUCCAAGUGUACAAUGAGGAGGACCACAAGUGGGUGAAUCUUAGUGCCUGGCAACAUACAACAGUGUUCUUGUUCUUCUUGAUUGCUGGAAUGAUGGGUUUACUCCAGCAGUGCAAAUUGCAGAUCCCUUUGGGGCUUGAUUACCUCCUGUUGUCUGUGGCAUUUUUCACUGAAGGGAUGCUCUUCUAUUUCCACACAGACCGACAUUCUCUUAUGGAUCAACACAUCCACGCCAUGAUUUUAGUGCCUACCUUUGGCUGUGCCUUUUGCCUUUUGCUGGAAGUGCAUUUCAGAAACCACCUCAUCCUGGAACUGUUGAGGACUUCCAUGCUGCUUACGCAAGGAACAUGGUUGUGGCAGAUUUCAUUUGUGCUAUACCCACACUGGGGAGCAUCCAACUGGGAUGAAAAUGAUCAUGAAAGUAUCACGUUCAUCAACAUGGCACUCUGCUGGCACUUUGCAGCUGUUGUUCUCAUCCUCUCCAUCAUCUAUGGCAUUGUUUAUUGUGUUUUUAAGCGACAGGAGAGAAAAUUUCGAGAAACAGCAAUUGAAAUUCAACAGUUCAACCAAGACAAGAAAAGCUACACUGCUCUUCUUAAUGGAUCUGAUGAAGAAUAA